AGUGACGUUACUGGGGUAAAUACGCAGAUUAUAUAUUUAUUUCAUCAAAAGAAAAGAAGAAAUAAAAAUUGAAGAAUUGCCAACAAAUUUAUGGUGUAAAAGUUCGUGCUUAUUGUCACACGUAAUAUUUCUAAAUAAAGUCGAAUUGAGGUUUUCACGAAAAUCGCCUGAAAAUUGCGAAAACCUCAAACAAUCGAAUACACAAAAUUGGUUAAAAAUCUGGAGCAAUAAGCUGCAUUUGUAACAAUAAAGAAAAACGGAGACGUAAGUUUACAAGGAUUCAAAUCUUCUUUUUACCGAAACAAUUCAUUCGGCAAGAAUUUUAAAAGUCAAAUUACAUACGCAAUCGAAUCACGAAUCAGGCUUAGAUGGUGAACACUAGAUUAUGCUCAAGCGGAAUUAACCACAGCUGAAAUGUAUUGGAUUGCUCAUUUAGACGGUGGACCUUGUCGUGUUAACCAUACAGCGGUGGUCGUUGGAGAUUUCAUAUAUUCAUUUGGUGGCUACUGCUCCAGUGAUGAAUACAAAUUGAAUCAUACGAUUGAUGUACAUGUGCUCAAUACCCACAAUUUGCGAUGGUUCUUAAUACCACCCAAGAGAGACAGCACGGGUGCAUUGCUUGAAUAUCCAGCUGUGCCUUUUCAAAGAUACGGACACUCAGCCGUUGCAUACAAACAGAAGGUGUAUAUGUGGGGCGGUCGAAACGAUGAGAUGUGUUGCAGUAUUUUGUUUUGUUUCGACACUAUCACACAUCAAUGGUCCAAGCCGGAAGUGAACGGAGAAAUACCAGCUGUUAGAGAUGGUCAUACGGCAUGCAUUGUCGAUCACAAUAUGUAUAUUUUCGGUGGUUUCGAAGAGCAAGCCAAUCGGUUCUCCUGCGAUGUUCAUUGUUUGAAUUUGGAGACGAUGACUUGGAGUUACCUGUCGACGACUGAACAACCGCCCAGUUAUCGUGACUUUCAUACGGCUACCGUGCUGGACAAUAAAAUGUACAUAUUUGGUGGACGAGGCGACCGUCAUAGUCCGUUUCAUACUCAAGAAGAAAUCUAUUGUGAUCAACUGGUGUACUUGGAUUUAAGUACACGAAAAUGGACGAAACCGAAUGCAACUGGUUCGGUUCCAUUGGGUCGUCGGAGUCAUUCUGCAUUUGUGUACAAUAAACAAUUAUACGUGUUCGGCGGCUACAACAGUAUUAUGGAGAAGCAUUUCAAUGACUUGUAUUGCUACAAUCCGUCAUUGAACCGAUGGAGUGUGGUCACCGCACGUGGUGUACCUCCACGACCCAGACGACGACAAGUGUGCCUCGUAAUCGACAAACGGAUGUAUCUAUUCGGUGGGACAAGCCCGUACGCAGUUCCAAUACAUUCGUCAAAUCGACAAAAUCUUCCCUUGUUGCUGGAUUACAGUGAUAUUCAUGUAUUCGAUUUUGAACCAACUUUAAAGACUUUAGCGAUACGAGCGGUUUUAGACUACGAAAUCGAUCAGUCAUUGCUUCCACAAUGCAUUAGAUCCGAAAUACGUUCGAUGACAAUGUCCAAUACGAUUAGUAGACCGUUAAAUAGCACCGGUUAAAUAUUCUAACCACGUCCGUGAGUUCGACGAGUUUUAAGAACAAAAUUUAAGUCUGAAAAAAGGUUAAAUCACCGGUGGUCGAUGAAGAAAACAUUUUCGGGAAUUAUUUUCUCUCUUUUUUUUAUUUGAACAUUUUUAUUUAAACUUCUUUUCGUUUAGUUUUCGUAUCCGCCAUUCAUACAUUUGUAUACUUAUCCAAAGGUUAAUAGCCGAAUGCAAUUUAUUGCGAUUUAUUAUUUUAACAAAUUUGUUAAUUCGAAACGGCACCGUGUCGGUGCCAAAAUAUUUGUAUAUUUUCACGUGGGGAGAAUUUAGCCAACAACAUAAACGACAAGCCGGAAAAAUGCUUGUCAUUCAAUUUGUGAUAUCAAAUGGCUCUUCUCCUAUUUAAACAAUUAUAAAAUGAAUAAUUUCGAAAAUCA